AAAUGCUUUAGUAGUGUUAAGAUAAGUAUUCGUACUGAUCAUAAUUAAGUAAGUUAUCUCAAGUAUUCCUGAUUGAAAACAGAUACUAGAAGUUUGUGGUUAGAGCUGACACGAUGGGGCUGUUUUUAUCAUCGUACUAUCUGACGGACAUCGUGGACGCCAUCAAGAGUGCUCAGUCUGAUAUUGUGAGUCUGAGAUCGCAUGGAGAUGCUGCCUGGCUACAGUUACAGAAAAUCCUUGAACGAUUUGAGGACGUGAAAUUAAAUCUGUAUUACAAAGCGUGUCCACGGUGCAAGCCGUUCGUAAAGGAAGUGUUGGGUGAGAUUCCAGUAAGGAAACCUAACCUCACUGACGUUUUACCGCCCGAUAAACAGACGUUACUGCGUGGUAUAGUACGCAGUUUGAUUGAGAUGGAGUUGCCUCAACCUAGACAACCGGGUGUGACCGACAUAGACGUCACCCAGGCACUAGAGAUUCUCAACGAAGGACCGGUAUGUAAAAGUGGAAGAAGUGCACGAGAAAGCCACAAAGGAGUUAAAGGAGGUCAAUGAAACACAUGUUGAAAAAGUCCAGAAAGCAGAGUUAGAAAGAGAUGAGGCUAUUUUUUCGAAAUCUGCUAUUGAAAACGAAAUGCAAGAGAAAAUCAAACAUAUGCAGGAUAAGAUAGAUGAAAUACGUGCUCAGAAAGAAGAAUUAGAAACUGUCUUGAAAAAACGUACUCAAGAGGGAAGCAAACUAAGAGCCGAAAACACCCGUCUGGUGGAUAAAAUAGUCGUCAUUGAGACGCAAUUAGAUGCACAAAAUAAGGCUUUUGUUCAAUUGAAAGAAAUGCAUUCCCGAACUACUGCACCCGAGAACGAGACAGAGGUAAAGAUGUCAGCCAUCAUUGAAAAACUGCAGUGUGACCUUGGAACAAAGGACGAGGAACUGCAAGCAGAACGAGAAAAAGCAAAUAUCGAUAUCCAAGUGUUGUCGGAGGCCAAGAAUGAGCUUGAAGAGAAAUAUGCCAAUAACGUGAAAGAAAUUGCCAAUGCAACGGAAGUGAUAAACGUAUUGCAGAAGCAAGUUAAGACAGCAGAAACACGAGUGAAAGAGUCAGAAACAUCACUAGCUGAAUUAAAAAUGGAACCGUCAGAAACCUCACUAGCUGAAUUGAAAAUGGAACGACAAAAACUUCAAGAGACAAUGGAGAAACAACUGCAAACAGUACAAGAGAAAGCAAACGCCGACAUUCAAGUGUUGUCGGAGGACAAGAUUCUGCUUGAAAAGAAAAACGCCAUUCACGUGAAAGAAAUUGCUAAUUUAACGGAAGAGAUAGACAUAUUGCAGAAACAAUUAAAGAAAUCUGAGACACAAGUGGAAAAGUCAGAAACCUCACUGGCUGAAUUGAAAAUGGAACGACAAACAAUUGAAGAGUCCAUGGAGAAACAGAUGGCAAUGCUACAAGACGAUAACGCUAGACAUACUAAAGAAAUCUUCAGUUUUACGGAGGAAAACAACAGGUUGAGAGAAAGUCAGACAUCAAUGGAAUGUCAAAUACAAACUUUGAAUAAGGAGUUAACUGGAGUGUCCCAAACCAAGAAUGAGAUGGAAAUGGCAUUGGAGACACUGGAAAAGGAGAAGGAAGAAACGGAAGAUGUUUUAAAUACACAAUUAAGGAAACUCCGGGACGAAAACUCUAGUUACGUUCACGAUAUCUCAAAAGCUACAGAAGAAAUCCAUACAUUAAGACAAACAAUAUCUACAUCAGAACGACAAAUAGAAACUUUGACUGAAAAGAUCACCAGUAUGUCCCAAACCAUAAAUGAACUGGAAGCGAAAUCACGGGCUCAGGAAAUGAAAACUCGAGAAAUGCAAGAUGCAUUGAACAAACAACUGAAACAUCUCCAGGAAGAAAAUUGUAACUACCGCAAAGAAAAUGCUGACUCUGCAGAAGAGAUCGAAAGAUUGAAGAGAGCGUUAACGAGAGAGUCUCAAUCCAGGAAUGAACUUGAGAAGACUGUCAGGACUCUAGAAGGAGAAAAGCUAGAGAUCACUGAUCGGCUGACCAAACAGGUGAAUCAUCUACAGGAACUGACGGACAACGUCACUUCCGGUGCUGCAGUUCUAGGGCAAGACAACAACAAACUUAAGGACGAUCUGAGUACACACGAGCAGAAACUGAACUCAGCAAGGAAGGAAAUAGAAAAGAUUCGAGAACAAAAUCUCAAAAUGGAAAAAGAGAUUUCACGACAAGUCACAGAAAUCGACAGGUUCACAAAAGAAGUCAACAAAUUAAAAACAAAUUCAACCAACUCUGAAAGGCUUAUCAGCAAAUUAGAGAAAGACGUUGCUUUUUUGACUGAUUCCAAAAGUCAACUGGAAUCUUUAGUACAUGAACUUCAAAUAGAAAAACAAGAAAUACGCAAGGAACUCACAAAUCAUAGAGAACAUAGCCCGGAUGUAAAGGAAGACAUACUCUCUAUCAUUUCUGGAUUCCAUUGCGACAUCGACAGGUUAAAAUUGGAUCUUCACACAAAGACGGAGGAGCUCGAGUCUGCACUCAAUGAACUCCGAGAAAUUAAGAGCAGGAAAAAGACAGUCGUGAUGGGUCUCCGUACCGAGAAAAGUGGAAUGGGCAAAACUAUGGUAGAUAUGGUUUCAAAGGAGCUCACGAAGCGACUACAAACUAUUCUUGAAAGAGAAAACAUAAUUGUCACGGUACAACUAUGUCAGACCCCAGCUGAGGUGCCAAAUGGGCCCCUGGUCGUGUUGUGUCUAAACAUGUCACGUGUUGGUACAAAUAUACUCGACGCUUUGGCAGGAAUCAAAGCCAAUCACGACGUCCUUGUCCUGGUAUUACACAACGCAGUCAAGGAGAACCUGUCAUUGUUGACCCCGACAAGCCUCCGCGUGACGGGGAACGAACUACGGCAGCUCGGUGGGAUCGUCGACAUGGCCUUCAACAGCGACAGCGGCGUAUACGACUGUGAUCUCAACACUAGGUCCGUGGAGAAUAUUGCCACGACUCUUAGAAAGUAUUCAAGGUAGCCAUGCUCUUUUAUAAAUAAAUAUAAUACCAUUCUAGUUGUAAAUAUCAUCAGCAUUUUGAAAACGACAAGUGAAACUCCGUUAUGUAGCACUAUAACAAAACAAAUAGCCAAAAUUAGACUAAAUGAAAAUUCUUAUAUGAUUUUUCUAUUAAUAUAAAGGAACAAAUUUGCCAAGAUAUUUAGAGUGAAAUGAUAACUUGAAGACUACUUUUAAUUGUUUAGUUUUUUUCUUUCUUUUGUUUUUGUUUUGUUUUGUGAUUCUCAAAUUGCCAAUUUAUUCAAAUGAGAGAUUUGUAAUCCGAAAAAUGUAUAGUUGUUGAUAAAUUUUCAUACAUCUCCAUAGGGUGUAUGGCCUAUGCGUUUUUUACACGGGGACUUUAUGACCUGUAACCCAAAGAAGUAAUGUAUGAACAAUCGUCACCAAAUAUGCAUUUACAGACCAUUCAUUAAUUAAUACAUUGUCACAUUAACAUAUUAUAUCAGUAAAUAGAUCAUUAUUACAAUACGAUAAAAUUCUAUCUGGAGUGAUCUCUUUAUACUGUAAUCUACUACUGAAUUAUGUAUAAUUUUCUAUGUAUGUAAAUGUAUGUAAAUGAUUUGUGUUUCAUGGAGGCUGAACAAAGAAUGUGUUACCUGUAUAUAGGUUUAUAUGUUUUAGGUGAAGACUUAGAUAGGUAUUUUCUUAUGUCAGAUCCAUUGGUCGCAUUCAAUGACAAAUAACAUUUGUUGAAAUUGACAUUGAAAAUCGAAAUAUGUAUUGGUGACUUGUAAACAUAAUUACCACAGGCUAGAUAUCGUACUUUAAUAAAAUUCCUAUGUACAAUGUCAUAUAAUCAUCUUAUCAACAUAAUCUGUAUAUGACUGAGGAUUGUUUAGAUAUACAAUGUCUAGAUUUCAUCUUUAUAAAUACAAAUGUAUUGUAUAAAGAUAAUACUCUAUUGUAAUGAUGACCUUACCUGAAGUCAACACCUUGUUGUACACACUAAACAUUGUACUGUAGCUCUUACGCGAUGUAAGAGUAAGAUAGAACAAUAGGAGAAAGGGAUAAGAUCAGGUGUUCCGGGAGAGUGAGCGUCUUCUGUAUCAUAGAUAAUUCAGACGCCUAUGUUAAUACGUAUGUAAAGUGAAGUGUAGUUUAAAAACUGGAAGAUAACGUUUACACCUACAGAGUAGUGAAUUUUGUGAAAUUACAUAUCAGUGAGGGAAAUGGAGCAAGCAUCCGUUUUCAAUGUGAAAAGAUAACCACUGCAUACUACCAUGCUUUUAAUUAAACACAGCUCAUAUAGAAAUAUUUAGAUAUCUCGAAGUAAACUGUUUUGAAACUUCCUUGGUUGAAGACAUGAUACCUUUUUUUAAACAUAUCAGAUUUUCUAGAUACAAGGCACUUUUAUACAACCGUUAAAGUUUGACGGGAGUAAUAAGUACAUUUUGUAUGUCCAGUGUAAACGUUGGCGUGUACGGAGAUCUCGGUUUAUCACCAUGAGCGUUACCUUAUUUGACAAUUUCAAUAUUUCAAUACAGUGAUUGUUUUGAACCAAUCCUCAUAAAAUUGGUCCGAUGGUAGGAUUUGUUACCAUUGCAUAUAGAUUUCUAAGAAAUUUAAACUGAACUACUCUUCACCUAAAGAUAGUUUGUUGUGAUUUUAAAGGGCUUCCGCCGUCCAAUCUGGUAAGGAGAUAUUGGUACGAGUAAUAUAUGAUAAUUUCCUAUAUAUAAUACAAAUCUUUAUGAUUAAUCAUACCGAUUGCCACUCGGUAUUGUCAUAUAUGUACCAAAUCAAUAAAAUAUAACGAUGAA